AUGCAUCUCUCAACAUUCCUCUCAACAAUACUAUCUCUCGGCGCCCUUGUCCAAGCCAGUCCCAUCGUCAGCGCCCGGACGGAAGGCUGUCCAGGAGGCGUGGAUAACAAACAACAAUGCAAAACCACGGAAAACGCCAAUUGUACGAUCGGUUGUCCGGGAGUUUCUUUUCUGGUGCGCAGUCAGUGUAUUAGUAAAUGUAUUACGCAGGUUGAUAAGAUUUGUGGGAGUUGUCCCGAGUGA